AUGAUAAUCAAUAUUCUGUGCAAUUUAAAUAUGGAACUUAAUGCUAUUGUUUUUCCUGCGCCUCCUUCAUCAUAUAACGAUAUUUCAGUUAACCAAGAACUUGUAUGAAUCCCCCAGCUUAAAAAUGAAAAAUUCCCUUCAAUCCCUUGUGGAUUUUUCCAAUGUCCUACAGGCUCAAGUAAAAUAAUGAUUUAUUUUCAUGGAAACGCUGAAGACAUUGGCACAUCUUACCCAAUAAUAACUCAUCUACGCAAAACCCUCCAGGUCAAUAUAUUAGCUGUGGAAUACCCUGGCUAUGGGAUUUAUAAAGGAAAAGCUUCAUCAAAAAGGAUCGAAGCUGAUGCCAAAAAUAUUUUGGACUAUCUUAUAUAUAACGAAAAAAUCAACCCAAAUAACAUAUUGAUAUUCGGUAGGUCGAUAGGAUCAGGGCCUGCUGUUUAUUUGCUCCCUUAAUGGUUGACGAACAAUAAUUUUUGCUCGCCAACCAAAGGUUUAGUUUUUUUUUUUAAAAAUAAAAAAUUUUCAGAUUUUGAGAAUAUCAGAUUUAACGAAAAUAAUAAUUUAUUUUAUAAAUUAAUCGUUAGGGUUCAAGCUAUUUAAAAUUUUAAAAAUAAUUGUGUCUUAUUAUUAAAAUCACUGAUUUUAUUCAAUCUAUUAUUGUAAAAUUUUUUUCCCUCACUAACCAAUGAAGUUAAUUUUCCAAAAAUUAAGAAUUUUCUAUAGUUUUGUUCGCUAAUAAUUUAGGGUUAGCAUCGAAUUAUAAUAUCAGAGCCUUAUUUUUAAUGUCAGCUUAUAUAUCUAUAAAAACUGUUGCAAGACAUUUAACAUGUUGGGCUUUCUUUCUAAAAGACAGGUUUAAAAAUGUAUAAAUUUUCAUAUGAAUAUCGCAUUUUAAUUUCAAAAAAUUUCAUGCUGAUUUAUCAACAAAAUUAUUAUAAAUCUCAUGAAAAAAAUACAGUGCCCAAUAUUGCUUUUGCAUGGGAAAAAAGAUCCUUUGAUAGUAUACCAUAAUUCAGAAGUUUUAAGGGAUCAAUGCAGACCUGGCCAGUGUGAACUGGUUUUGAAUGAAAAUAUGACUCAUAAUGAUUUUGACCUAACUGAUAUUUCUGACCCAUUUUUAUCAUUUUUGCAUCAGCGUGAAAUAACAACAAGUGUAAAUGAAAAUGAAAUCAACGUUACAUUGAGUGAGACUUUAUAUAAAUUUCGAAAUACUCAAAUAAGUAUGAGUUUAUCAUAA